CAUUGAGACACAAGAGGCCGCUCUUGAGGUGAAAAGGGCGAAAGGCAGCGCAGUGGUUUUCUGGUUUGACAGCAGGGGCUUGUUUUACAGCACAAAACAACAAGGAUGAAGACUACAAGCGACGGGGCAGUAACACAGACAACAUUAGGGAGGUUUAGCUGAAGAAAAAAAAAACACCAGUUUUAUCUCGAUCUUUGGGUGUUUGCAGCGAAACCGACGCCAGGCAACUUGGACAUCGACUCAACUGCAGAUGAAUGUCUGUGCCUUUAGUUAAGUGGCCCUGGAUUUGUUGUUGUUAGCCGCUAAUGCUAACUGUAGAAGUUGCGAGCUAGCUGGCCUAGCAAGCUAAUGGUUAACGCGAGAAAGAAGGGGAUAAUUAGCCACACAUGUUUGAUUUAACAGACUCAGCGCUGUCCGGAGAGUAAAGUCUGGAUUGUUUGGCUAAUGGAGCCAGCUAACCUCGAUUUUAGUCUUUCAAGAAGUGUAGCUUUGGCUGAGCUUUUGAAGUACCAGUCGUAGUAGUUACCUAGCUUGCCAGUUAGCCUCCACUAUCCUUGGAAGAAUGAGUAGAAAACACCAUCAUUUUAAAGGAGCCGAAGUCAGCUGCUGCGUGAAAUACUUCUUAUUUGGAUUCAACAUUAUAUUCUGGUUAGUAGGAGCAGCAUUCUUGGCCAUAGGCCUGUGGGCAUGGGCGGAGAAGGGCGUGCUGUCCAAUCUGUCAUCCAUCACAGAUCUGGGGGGCUUCGACCCCGUGUGGCUCUUCAUCGUCGUAGGAGGGGUCAUGUUCGUCCUGGGCUUUGCUGGCUGCAUCGGAGCGCUUCGAGAGAACACCUUCCUGCUUAAAUUUUUUUCCGUGUUCCUGGGUUUGAUCUUCUUCUUGGAGCUGACUGCGGGGAUCCUCGCCUUCGUCUUUAAAGACUGGAUCAAAGACCAGCUUAACUUUUUCAUCAACAAUAACGUCAAGGCCUACCGCGAUGAUAUCGACUUGCAAAAUCUCAUCGACUUCGCCCAGGAAUAUUGGUCAUGCUGUGGAGCACAUGGGCCCGACGACUGGAAUCAGAACAUCUACUUCAACUGCAGUGAGCAGAAUCCCAGUAGGGAACGCUGCGGAGUCCCUUUCUCCUGCUGCGUCAAAGACCCUGCAGAGGAUGUCAUCAACACGCAGUGCGGUUAUGAUGUUCGCCUUCAAGGGGAUCUGGACCGGCAGAAAUACAUCUAUACCAAGGGCUGUGUGGGGCAGUUUGAGAAGUGGCUUCAAGACAACCUGAUAAUUGUAGCUGGAAUCUUUGUUGGAAUUGCACUUUUACAGAUUUUCGGUAUCUGCCUUGCUCAAAACCUGGUGAGUGAUGUCAAAGCUGUCAAAGCCAACUGGUGACAGGAAAAGUGAAGUGGGGCGGCCCCACCCGUCGAGCCUCGCCAAGUCAACACAGCACACGAACAGACCCGUCCGGCUGAGGACGGAGAGCCAACAACUCUUGUCUUCUUUGCCACUGAGCUAAGCAGCACAUACACACUCUCACAGUUGCAUAUGUGCAGACAUUUAUCAGUGACACUUGAAGGGGGGGGAAAGAAGUGAUUCCACCCAAACCAGUCAAAACUUUGUUUACCACUCAGCUGGGAUUUUAACCCAAAUAUACGGAGGACAGUCCUGCCUACUUCAGAGUUAGAUUCUUCUUUUUUUCCCCUGUUUCCACUGAGUUUUGUUGUUUGGACAAAUAUAUUUAUGGCACGCAGUUGCACAACGACUCCUGUCAACUGGGAGAUUGGAAGCCAUGGAUGAAAGAAAGAGACAACAACAGCAAGAGAAAAAAGCAAAACAAAACAAAGGAAAAGUGACAGUAAAUCUCCUUUUUAGGUCAAGUGACAUGCUGUCACAGAGCCUUGUCCCUCUCCUCCUAAAAACAGCCUGUUUUUAAUGCACUUAUUCCCACUUCCAGCUCCAGAGGACGAUGGCUGGCUGGCCGGCCGGCUAGUAAACGCACGGAUUCCUCUGCGUCGUUUUUCUCCAUCGUGACCUUUUAUGACCACUGGGGAAAAAAAAAAAAAACUCUCAACACUGGCUGGUCAUGUCUGCAACUAGGAGUCAUUACAGGAGAUUAACAUUAUAAUUUUAAAUGUUUAAAAAAAAGUGCCAUUAAUUUCCAGUGAUAUUUCUGUCUUCUCUCUGUUCUGUAUAUGUUAUUUCUGCCCCCCCCCCCCAAUACCUCAGGGCCUGGCCAAAAAUAUAUGCUUUCUGCCAUUGGUUAGAAGCAUGUCUAUUUUUUUCCAUCCAUGUCUGUUGAAUUUAGAUGGACUAACUUAAUGCAGAAAAACAGUGACAGCUCCUUGAAAGUCGGCCUGUUUUCCCUGUAGUGAUUGUAUUAUCUCCUGAUUCACUGAAGGAUGUUGUAUCGUAUUACAUGGAAUGGCCUGGUGUGGCUGGGGUGGUAGCUCUGUGCUACACAGGGGAAAGAGUUUAAUGAUAGAGAUUGUUGCUUAUCUCUAAGCAUCCCUUCAGGCACACGGGAUUGCUGGUUUGGGGCCUUUUUACUUGACUUAUGCUACCACAUUUGUCUUAUAUUUUUGUCGUUCACUUCAGAGAAUUUGUCUGUUGUUGAAGAUGUCCUUUAUUCAUCCUUUAUUUCUUUUCCUCUUAUAGACUCAUAUAUUCUUGGUUUAUUGUUUGACCACCAGGCACCUGUUUUACCUCUAACUCAUCAGUCAACUGCAAAAUAGCUCCUUAUUGUUGAUGUUGUUAGCAGUCCUAAUGGAGACCAAAUAAUAUCAGCUGGCCAUGAGCUGACUGCCAAGGUUUUGUCUGGCUACAAUUCUGAUUUUAUUAGGAAUGCCAACAAUAGCAAUUAGCAUUUCUAGAUAGCCAAAAUGUGAAUUUAUUGUCCCUUUAUGUGGGAAGUGCCAGUUGAACUGAGAAAUCAAACAAUAAUUAAAAAUGUUACAGUAUCGCUUUUAUCUUUAAUUCAAUGUUGUGUCUUUUUGGUUGGAACUUUUUUUUAAAAAAUAGAAUAGCAAAUACAAGCUGUUACCUUUUUGAAAUUAGCAACAAUCUCAAUAUAACAUGAAUGCUGCUUUAACUUUGUCUAGAUAUUGAUAUGUAGUACAGUAAUCGAGCUUAACGAAAAGUCUCACACGAUGGCAUUCGAAAAAGAAACUGCAGUGUUUUUCUUGUUUUGCAGGCUGAGGAAAUAUCACGAUUAUUUGUUCGUUUUAAAGUUUACACAUUGUACUCGGCUCAUGUUGCCCUUUAUUUUCCAUCAUACAACAACUGCUGGCUCUCAUUAUAAGUUGCCCUCGAAGCUUUCCAUCUUGUCGUGAAUGUAGUUUCUGAUACAGCUGGGUUCACUUGAUAAAUUUGUGCAUUAUUCACAGCACUGAAACAGUGCAUACUAUAUUUAUAUAUAUAUGUAUAUGUACACACAUAUCUGUACAGCACCCUCCAUAAUUAUUGGCACCCCUGGUUAAGAUGUGUUCUUUAGUUUCUAAUAAAUUCAGAUCUUUUUUUCUAAAUAAUAUAGGACCAAAAUGGGAAAAAAGAGGAAAAUCCAACCUUCGAUUCAAUUGUGUUUAUUCAGUGGGGAAAGAAUCACACAUUAUUCUUUUACGUCAAAUCAUGUGUGCCACAAUUAUUAGCACUCCUGAUGUUAAAACUUUGUACAACCCCCUUUUGCCAAGAAAACAGCACCUAAUCUCCUAUAAUACAUUGUUGUACAAUUUUCAGUGUGAGAGUAUGCUUCUGCACUAAAAAUUGAAUUUAUUUGAAGGCUUUCAACACAUCUUAACCAGGGGUGCCAAUAAUAAAGGAGGGCACUGUAGAUAUAUAGAUGAAGCCAAAAAAAACGAACAUGCUAACAUGUUUUUAAUUGCAACACACAAGAUGAAAAAAGAGUAGCAUUACUAUUCUGUGAAAACUACACCAAAACUUUUCCUGCUUCGCUGAGUCUGUCUGUGAAACGUGUGUAGAGGAGUUCAUUCAGUAACGGCACCGUAUGAUCGUCGGCUGUGCGUACAUGUCACAUGUUGCUUUCGCCCACACGCUCCCUCUUCAAAACUCUACCUGAUGUGAGUGCAUCCGUUUCAGAGCCUGCCAUUUUGAUGUAUUUUUAAACACUGGGCUCUUUUGAAAAAGCACAAAAAAAAGAGAGACGCGAGACAAAACCGCCAUUUGAAUUUAGGUGUCACGAAUGCACAAGUAGAACCUCGCCAGUGGAGCACAAUACAUCUGUACCGCAGCGAUGGAGCCCUAAUGACUUCUGUUCAAAUGGAUGUUUCUAUAGGAGAAGCUCGUUUGUUUCAGCACUUUAGGUGUAAUCAAUGAGUGAGAGCCUCCAGUAAUCUGAGAGAACUGAUUUCUUUUCGACCAAAUACGGAAUCAUUUACAGGAUAAAACGCAAUUUGCGCUGCUUAUGAAUCCUCUCCCAAAGUUCCAUUUGCCUGAUAUGACAUGUUUGUUUCUUCAUCCUCCUCCUCUAAACGUGUGUGGGCUCCUUUGAUUUCACUUACUGUUGUGAAUCAAUCCGUCCCACUCGAGUCUAGAAUUGGAUAAAACCUGAGGUUUUUUUUUCUCCUCCACAUGUUUCAAGUUUAAUCUCUUGACAUGUGGGUUGGAGCAGAUAAUGUGCGAUUAAUUAGCAAAUGACACAUUAACAAAUCUGAAAAAUGUUUUCAGAAACCACUCUUAAUUUGAAGUGUUUGCUCAGGGUUUUAAACGCACCUUUCCCUAAAGAGAGAGAAUAACCUAACUGCUUACUCAUGCAAGGAAACCCUGUGUUGGACACGAUGAAAUGGAGAGGUGCUACCUUUUGUGUGAUGCUGAGGAUCUGGAGGCCAUGAGUGUCAGUUGUGCUGCACUACAGAUCUGCAGCUCUUAAACGAAAAGCGCCGCUGCUCUCUCUCUGCAGCCACCGCCGCGUUUGGAUGGAUGUGCCAAUAAUCAGACAGUCACCUUGGUAAUAAGGAUAAUAAUGCCAUAAUAAUUUGCAGUAGCAGCCUGGCAGGACUUGAAUAUGCAGACUACAGAGGUGACUUACUGGCGUGUGUUUGUUUUAACAGCUUUGGGUGAUCCUGCUUUUGUAUUCCUUUUAAUGUAGGGCAAAGCGGAAGGGAGAGAACAAUGCUAAUUAUGCUUUGUCCUUUAUCUUAAUGGCCUUGCAUCAUGAAACACCUUCUUAAUUUCUCCGCUUUCCCCGUGGGCACUUAAAUCAUUCCCGAGGAGGAGCCUUAUGCAUACCAUGAAUGUAUAAGUCUGUAUCAGCAUGGACCUACUGCUCCACAUCCAGUUUGAAAUUCCCUUUACCCUUUAUGCAGCGCAAUGCACAACACAAAUGAAGUCAAGGAAUGUGAAUUCAAGGCUGUAUUUAGCCAUGUUUUAGAUUUUAUCCUAGUCUUUUGCAUUUUUAAAUGUGUUGUCGUGGGCAUGAAAAGCAGAUGAGCAUUCCAUUUCUUCUGUUUCCAGGUGUGUGUGUGUGUGUGUGUGUGUGAAUGUGUGUGUGCAGACCGACAUUUAAUAAUCACAAAACAUUUCAACUACCAGAUACAAGCAGUUCCAUAAUGUCUCGGGUUUUAAUCUUUCUUCAGCAGCUGUAAAUGUGGAUGGUUUCUAAAUAUCAUUAAAAAUCAUCACUUCUGUCCAGGUUUGGGUUAUUUUGACUGUUCACGUUUGAAUGAUUUGAUUUUGACAUUUCUUUUAUGCAAGUGGCUGUCGUCGUGCCUGAUAAUGUACCCCGGGAGCCCUUUCAAGGUUUCGAGAAGGCUAAUGGUGUUCGUUUUCGUGUUAUAUUUUGCGAAGAUGAGCUCAUCAGAUGUGAACUCGUCUUACCUCACGGUGUGCCCACGGUGGCCACAUCAGACAAGCGGCAUAACUGACUUGUUUGUGAGGCUAUUAACAGCAAUACCACACUUAUUAGUGAGGACAACUCCAUACCAGGUUGUGACAUUUGAUUACAACAGAAGCGUGAUUUGGACUAUGAAAACAUUUUGUUACGUUGGUGACUUUUUUUUUUACAGAUUUACUCGAUGAAGAACAGGGACGCAGUAAAUGAUGAUUUAACCAAACAUAAACCACUAUAGAUAUGUCUUUAUUCAACAGGGCAGCGAAGAUAGCUUGUUAUUCUAAAUGAAAGUUUAUUUUUUAGUUGCAGCAAACAGAACCAUAUAAUCUAUCGUUGACUUUGUAGCUGCCAACUCUGAGGGGGCGGCCUUGUAAAGAGAUAUUGUAAAUGAAAACUGUGGGACAUGGUCUGUUACACUGUAUAUUCUAUUAAAACAUGCCUCUUUCAUAUAUUAAAGGAUUAAUGAUUACA